AGUCCGUUCCACGUAGUGGACAGCACAGCGACUCCCCCUCCCUCCCUGUGCGUACGAGAUAGCGGCGGCAGCAGCUAACACCGAAAGAGCCAAAGCGAAACGUGUUAUUGCUGCGCCACAGACGAAACGCGGGAAUACGAAGUAAACUCGGCAACGACAGAGAGAAAGAAAGAAAAGAAAAAGAUAAUCUCAAAUCAUCGAGAAAAAGAAAAGUAAUGGCAUGAGACGAAGAGAGAAGACGAGGGGGGAGGAGGCAGUGGGGAAGGUGGGAAGCUAUCCAAAGCUAAAUUUCUCGCUGCCCAAAGCUAUCCCCUCCCCGCGUCGCCUCCCACCCCACCCCCGCCUCCCCCUUCUUCUACCCCCCUCCCCCCCUCCUCCUCCCCCCGCAGCCAAACCCGGCCGCGUCUCAGCUCGACCCACCCGCAACCGCACCGGAGCUCAGCUCAGCUCAAUCCCUUCUCGUGCUGCAGCGCCGCACCGCGCCGAGGAGGUUUGGGGGGGAGACACGAGGAGAAGGUGUUUGUGAUUUUGUGUGGAUGGGGGGAGAGGUCAUGUGCGACGCGGCGGCGCUGGCGGCGGCGCCGAGGUACAGGGGGGUGAGGAAGCGGCCGUGGGGGAGGUUCGCGGCGGAGAUCCGCGACCCGGCGAAGCGGGCGCGCGUGUGGCUCGGCACCUACGACUCCGCCGAGGCCGCGGCGCGGGCCUACGACGUCGCCGCGCGGAACCUCCGCGGCCCGCUCGCGAGAACCAACUUCCCGCUCGUCUCCCUCCCGCUCCCGUCGUCCCACCACCACCACCACAACGGCCACGGGAAGGCGGCGGCGCCCCGGCACGCGGCGGCGCCGGUGGCCGGCCCCGCGUGCAGCGCCAGCUCCACCGUCGAGUCCUCGAGCGGGCCUCGCGGGCCCAGACCGGCCGCUCCUACGGCGGCGACGCCACGGAGGCGCGUUCCACGGUCCGCACGGCCGGCGCCCGACGCCGGCUGCCACAGCGACUGCGCCUCGUCGGCCUCCGUGGUGGACGACGACGGCGACGACGCCUCUACCGUUCGGUCCCGCGUGGCGGCGUUCGACCUCAACCUCCCGCCGCCGCUUGACCGGGACCACAUCGACCUGUGCACGGACCUGCGGCUCUAACAGGAUCCCCACCGAAUCAAAGCAAUCGGAGAAGACGAUUCUACUCGUCAUCUUUUCCCAACUAGAUGCUUGUAUUCGACUCGACAUAGUUCUGUACCACUAUUCUUUACGCGAUAAUUGACAAGGAAUGAAUGGCCACGGUGUUUCAAAUCAAACACCUAAUUUUCCU